UCACUACAUAGGGCAUUAAGCCUAUAAAAUACUCUUAGAAAGAGAAACUGGUGUAAAUAAACACUUUAUAUUUUUCGUUCUUGUUUCAUCCAGUAGUAAUAUUUCUCCGUGAUCAAAUUGUUUCAAACCAAAAGUAAAAAAGAAAAAGGAAAAAUGGCCGCAGCUGCUACACCUCCUCCUGUUGCUGCUGAUGCUUCCUCUUCUUCUUCACCUUUGACUUUGGCUUCUUCGGCAUGUGAAUCGAAGGAAGUAGCAGUGAACGAAGGACAGUAUCAGGAACAACAAAAGCAAGACGGAAUUAAAGAGUGCUUGCACAAGACUAAGCCAAUCCAGUUCUUAGGUCGUACUACGCCUAUUAUUCUCCAAAACGACAAUGGACCUUGCCCCCUCCUUGCCAUCUGUAAUAUUCUCCUUUUAAGGAACAAUUUGAGCCUGAGUGCUGAUAUAGCUGAAGUUUCACAGGAGAAAUUGCUUUCACUGGUAGCUGACCGCCUGAUUGAUUCUAACAGUAAUGUCAAUAAUAAAGAUGCAGGGUAUGUAGAAAACCAACAGCAGAAUAUUGCAGAUGCUAUUGAUUUACUUCCGCGCCUUGCUACAGGGAUUGAUGUGAAUAUUAAAUUCAGGAGAAUAGAUGACUUUGAGUUCACUCCAGAGUGUGCCAUAUUUGAUCUGCUUGAUAUUCCCCUUUAUCAUGGUUGGAUAGUUGAUCCCCAGGACUAUGAAACUGCUAGUGCCAUUGGGUCAAAAUCCUAUAAUGCUAUUAUGGGGGAGCUUGUCGCAUUGGAAACUCGAAAUAUGGAGAUUUCACGCAAAAACAACUCUGAAGAUUGUGUGGAUUUUGCUGCUGCAACAACUGCCACUUUAGGAGUUCCCUCUCCCUGCCUGUCAAAAACAAGAUCUUUUGAUGAUUCUCCUCGUUCUGUUUCUGACCAGCAAAGCUUAAGAAAAGGGGAUCUUGAGGAGGAAGCAGAGCUAAUGAUAGCCUUGAAAUUAUCAGAGGCUGAAUUGCCAACCUCAAAUGGUGAUCCUGGCAGUUUAGAUAUAAGAUCGUGUUCAAACAACCCUGUUUCUGUAGAUUCUGUAGAUAAACAAGAGGGGGACGGAAGUGCUGAACAUCAGAACUUGCACCAGCAUGAACCAUCCGGAAGUGCUGAACAUCAGAACUUGCACCAGCAUGAACCAUCCUUUUCAGAUAAUUGCAUUUCCUUGAGCAAUAAUAGUGUUGGUAAGACGUGUUUUCAGACCGUCUCAAAAGAAGAGUUGCUAAAGACUGAUGGAAUUAAUCAGGAUCAGUCAUUUUAUGUUAAAUCUGGGGAUAUUACCCUUUCUAAUGAUGUGGUCGAGGAGAAAAAUGUUGAAACAAUGGUUGUUAAGGGGAGUAGUGCUGAUGAAUUGCUCCAGAUUGAAAAUGCAGUUACCACUUCUCUUGCAAAAAAUACUGCUUCUGCAGAUGGAAAAAAUACUGAAAUUUCACAAGGGGGUGGAAAUAUUGAGAUACAAUCCACAUCUGCAACUGAUGCUCUUGACAUUCCAGAUAAUGUGAAUGGUUGUGACACGACUGAAGAAUCAUCCGUGUCUUUACAGAAUGCUGGUUCAGAUUCAUCUAGUGGCAGAAUACAUCAUUUAGAUGUGCCUGAAGUGUUCACUUCUAGUCUUGAUGGAAGUGAACCGAUAUAUGAAGGUGAGGACUGCAUAUUAGAUUCAAUAACAACAACAUAUCAAGACCGGGAGCCUAUAUAUGAAGGUGAGGUAGUUCUUGCAAAACAAGCUGGCAAAACAGCUGUGGAGGACUCCGAUAUGAGGUCUAAAGAUGAAAUCACUCUGCAGCAAGGGGAGUUGAUUGGAAACUUCUUGAAGAACAAUGCCAGUCAGUUGACCUUUUAUGGGCUUUUUUGCUUACAAGAUGGUCUUAAAGAACGAGAGCUUUGUGUUUUCUUUCGUAAUAAUCAUUUCAGCACCAUGUUUAAGUAUGACGGUGAACUUUAUCUUUUAGCUACUGACCAAGGCUAUCUAAAUCAGCCUGAUUUGGUGUGGGAGAAACUAAAUGAGGUCAAUGGAGACACACUAUUUAUGACUGGCAACUUCAAAGAAUUCAAGGUGGAUAGUCAUACCAAUGGUGCUUGGGAUCAACAAAAUGCUAUGGCUAGUACGGCUGACUAUAUUGCCCGCAUUGAUAAUGCAGCACAAGGUGGAUUGGAUAUAACCUCAGAUUUACAGCUCGCAAUAGCUUUACAACAACAGGAGUUUGAACAACAGCCACAGCGUCAGAAUGUGCAGCAACCUCCGGUUGUUGGUGGUUCAAGAUUAGUAACAGGUCCCCAGGUGCCAAGAAACAGCGGAAGGAACCCGUCAUCUUCAAUGCCAAGGCAAGAUGCAAAAUCAAAAGAAAAGUGUAUUGUGAUGUGAGGUUGGUUGGUUUUUAAAGCAUCAUUCAGGAAGAGUCUUGGAACUGUAAAUAAUGAUAUGUGUCUUGUGGUUCAAUUGGUAUUUCAACACUACUAAUAAAACCCUUGAUUAACCGCAUACAUACUGUGAUUUUAGAUGAGGGAAGUAAUUUACUGUAAAAAGUGGGGAAGUACAGGGGGCAAAAUUAUAUCAUCAGUCCACGGCUGCAACAUAUAUAGAUGAUUGAUAAAUCAAAUGGAAGUUGGGUGGUCCCAAUUACAAGGAAGGCAGGUUGAGCAUGGUUAUUGGUAUUUAUGUGAUUGGAAUAGGUGUGUGUGGAAACAGGAGAAGCCCUGGGGAACAAUAAAUUGAGAUGAGGGAUUUGGGACAGGGUGGGGGAGUGAUGGUGAGGUAGCGUAAAACAAAUUGACAGACAGCAUUAGGGAUUUAAGUUUUGAAAGAAAAGAGUGGGAUGGAUGGGAUGAUGAUAUAUAAAUGCAGGUGUAGGGUGGUUUGAUCUCUUUCUCUCUCUGUGCCUCUGGUCAAAACUCGAUUUUCAUCUUCCAACUGGUCAAACAUCAAUUGGCUUGUUGUAGUGUCAGGGCCGACCAUUGGUUUUGGGCCUUAUCUUCUUAAAAUUGACUUAUCACUGGACGCCAUGAGCGACAACAAUAUAUACAUAUCAUAAGAGAAUGUUCAAUUUAUAUUUUUCUAAUUUUAUAUAUUACUAUUUAUAUUUUGAGAAA